AGAGAGAGAGAGAGAGGGAGAGAGAGAGAGAGGGGGAGAUAGAGAGAGAGAGCGAGCAGCGGAUGGUGUAUGUGAGCCAGACAGACAGUCAGAAUGCGUGAAUACAAACUGGUGGUUUUAGGAUCAGGAGGAGUCGGGAAGUCGGCGCUGACUGUCCAAUUUGUUCAGGGAAUCUUUGUGGAAAAAUACGACCCGACGAUAGAGGACUCGUACAGGAAGCAAGUGGAGGUCGAUGGACAACAGUGUAUGCUGGAGAUCCUGGACACAGCAGGAACAGAGCAGUUCACGGCGAUGAGAGACCUGUACAUGAAGAACGGUCAGGGCUUUGCUCUGGUUUACUCCAUCACAGCUCAGUCAACCUUCAACGACCUCCAGGACCUCAGAGAGCAGAUCCUCAGAGUGAAGGACACCGAGGACGUUCCUAUGAUCCUGGUUGGAAACAAGUGCGACCUGGAGGUGGAGCGCGUGGUGGCCAAAGAGUCGGGCAUCGGCCUCGCCCGCCAGUGGAACUCCUGCGCCUUCCUGGAGACGUCGGCCAAGAGCAAGAUCAACGUCAACGAGAUCUUCUACGACCUUGUGCGACAGAUUAACAGGAAGAGUCCAGUUCCAGGAAAAACUCGCAAAAAGUCCACCUGUCAGCUUCUCUAAUGACAGUUUUCUGCUCACCUGACCGACAAACAACCAACCAACCAACCAACCAAUCACAGGACAUCUUCCAGCUGGUCACUCCCCUUUAACCUAACCAUGUCAUCAUCAACAUCAGUCACCUCCGACCUCUGUUUCCAUGACAACCACAUUUCCCUUCUCCUCACCACACUGUUUAAUGGAGACGGUUGCCGUGGUUACAUUAAGACCAAACAUCCAGAGAUGGCGAUGAUCAUGACCAUGACGAUGUUAUUACAGGAAUUAGAAACCAACUGUCCAAAUUUAAUCUACAGUUCCCAUCAUGCUCUCUGCUUGGCCAUUUUGCGCUGGGAAGUGGCUUCUUGCUUUUUAUGUUUAGACGUUUCUUUCCUUUGUUUUCCUUCCUUCUCAUUCUCCAGCAGAACAGAGCCGCUCACGCACAGCUUGACCACUGUCGGCCAUGUAGGCGCCGCGGUUACCGUGUUGAUGUUGCGUGUAACAUGGCUGAAUCUGUUUGUGUGGCUCUGGUUGAACCUGUGGAUCCACACAGUGAUUAUUAUUAUUAGUUAUAAUUAUAAUUAUGUGUGAAAGGGUAUAAGAUUAAUUUCAUGUUUUUUACUUUGGGGUGGGGGUCGGGGGGGUUGGGUGUGCAGCAGGUCGGCGUUGGCUCAACGCGUCGGUAACUUUAAGCUAACUUCAGUGACCACUAUGACUCAACUUGUAAAAGGGAUUGCUAAAUAUGCUAAUACAAGGUUUGCCAGAUUUUGGCUUUGUUAGCAUAUUGUUAAAGAAAUGAAUGAGCUUGUUAGCCGAGCAGCUAUUUCAUUGUAUUGCCAUUUGUGGUGUGAUAGCAUUAUUAGGAUAUCCCCCCCAAAAAAUGGUUGUAGCUGCUGGCCAUGGGCUGUCGUGAAUGCUAUCAAAAUGAACUCACCAUGUAGUGCUAGCGUUGUUAGCAUAGUUUUUAAAAUAUAUUAACUUGUAGCCUACUUUGGAAUACCUAUUUAUGUAAGGGAAUGCUAAUAUCUCUAUUUCAAUACGAGAUCAAAAUGAGCUGGUUCAUUAGCCACUGGAUGCUAACAAUGCUACACUUCCAAACAAAUAAAUGAUAGUAGCUGCAGGCUAACUGGUUAGCAACACGGUGAGCUGACUUCAGAUCUGCUGCUCGGGGCGGACAUGUUGCCUUUCGACAGCAGACUCACACUGGUCCAGUACCUUAGCUCUGUGUGUGUUUGUGAGUGUGUGUUUUGUGUGUUUGUGAGUGUAAGUGAGUAACAGUGAUGAACUCGUCCAGUUUCUGUAACGACCACUGGCCUGACACGGAGGAGGAGGGCUUGUAUUUCCUGAGCAGGACAGACAGAGUGUUGUUUCUGUGUUAUUAACCUGAUUAUUACCUGAUUAUUAACAUUAUUAACACAUCUGAGAGGGAAAUACUGAGGAACCGCUGAAGGUCCUGCCGGUCAACGCUCCCUUUACUGAUGGGAAUAUAUGGAACUGUCCCAACGUGAUCAGGAAAACGUUCGAGUUGGUCCUUCAUGUUGCACGUGCGAUCAGUCGGUGCAGCAAGUUUUUUUAUGCACAUUUUGGAUUUGUAUGAAAGCCUUGAUGGAAACACCCGAAAAAGAAAUCCUUGGCUUGGCUGAGGUGGAAAAGUUACGCCUGGCUAAUUAGAAAAUUAUCUCCACCAGCGUUUUUUCUUGAUAAUCCUACUGUAAAUUUUCACGGAUCAGGACAAAAUUAACGUAUUAACAUUUUCUUUAGCAAGUUUUCAUGAAAUAUGGCUAAAGUGUUUGCUACAUUUAGAUGGAUACCGGACGAUAUAUAUCGUUAUCGUAGAAUACCGCAGAUACAGUUUUUGUCGAAAGGGGGUUCGCCUUGUAGUUGAAGCCCCGCCUCAAUCAACCAGGGGGCGUAGUCAGUGAAGCAGCAGCCAGAGAAAGCCUUUUGAAAACUCUGUCUUCUGUUUGAAAUGUGAGUUCAGAUCCCAGACAGCGUGUGUUGGACCAGUGACCUCUGUGAGUACUGCUGUGCCACCAGGAGAACUGCUGUCAGUAUUCUGGUUCUCCCCCAGUACGUUCCGUCAUGUAGCAUGUUGAUGUUUCUGUCAGUUCUCGGUCUGACCUCCGGGAGGUGCUGCGACAGUUUGCAUGCCGAGCAGAAGCUUUCAAGAGAAAAGUCUUAUUUGCGGCCGAGACGUUGCAGUCCGGCUGAUUGCAGUGUUGGCAGAGUUAAUGUAAUGUGCAGUUAAAGUAAAAGCGAUAAGAAUGCCAGUGUGUUGAUCACUGCCGAAUGAUUCCCACGGAGAAGAUAAGGGAAUUGAAAAAACCUCUCUGAUAAAGCAUAACUUACAUUUUUGCGUGGCUUGUUUCAGUUGUAUUUUGAGUAUGGUGUUUCUUUGCUGUAUUCUUGUAUGUCAAGCCAUAAAGUCUCAUUACUGCCCCUUGUGGAUAGAUGACAGAAAACUCCCACUGCAUAUACAGUAGUGUGUUUUCUUCCAGACCACCAGGGGCAGUAAUGAGCUGGUUCCCUACUCAAACAGUAACUUGGACGAGCCUCAUGAAGGUGACAUUUAUGGUUCAUCGGACAUCUUUUCAAAUAUUUUUUUUUCUGGUCUUGUAACAGAUGAAGAACUUGUUUGUUUGAUGAAUGUAAAGGUUUCUGGGUACAUUUGAUUUGAACCUAUUUUUAGCUUUUAUAAACAGUAUAUAAACACUGUAAAGAGAUGAGGAUAUUUUAAUGUUUAUUAAGCUGUUUAUCAACAUUUAGAAUUUCUCCUGCAAAGUUUCUACAACUGCUGUACAAACAGUAAUAAGUAUAUUAAAAUAUUCUGAUUAUUUUGAAACAUGCAGCCUUAGCGCUGUUUAUGAAUGCUAAACACAUGCAGUUUAAAUGAAACGUACCCACAGUGGACGACACAUUCCCAAACAGGUUUUGCGUGAUUAGCGCUCCUGUGAUGUGAGGGCUCACUUUGCUCCUAGAUUCCACAGCCAAUCAGAUCUUAGCGUGGCUGCAGCUGUGAUCAGCGCCUUCAGCCUCAUAGAAGCUACAUUCAUCGUCCCGACAUGAGAGAAGCUAGGUUACACUAUGAGGAGUGUUUUGGAUUUUUUUAACCAGAAGACCUUUGUGGUGUUCACAUGAAAAAUAACCAAUGUAGACUAAGCUGAGGAUGAGGCCACAACUUUGCCGUAAUUUCACGGUCCUGCCGUUGUUACUUAAAUUGGGUGUGAUAGUGUUAAAGUUGAGAAACUUGUUAGAUUCUGUUGAAAAAUAAUUUGACGAGCACUUCUGAAACAUACUGAGGCCUUGUUUCCCUCUGCUUCCAGACUUUGUGCUAAGCUAGGCUAAACACAUUCAGGAGCUUCUCUGUGCUGGACUCAGAUUAAACUAAGAGAUUCUCAAAGUGUCCGACUCUCUCAUGUAGCUUCAGCAUCAAGGUGGCGAUCGCAGCUGCAAACACUCAGAACGAUUCAUUCACAAAAGGAAGAAAUGAUUAUUGUUCAUCACUGAAACGAAUCGGCUUCUUUUCCUCUGUACGGCAUGAUGACCAGUGAAAUGUAAAAGAAACCAGCUCAACCACUGAAACAUCAGGUUCAAAAUCACACGUCCACUCCGCUGAAUCUUUUCACUUCAGCCAAGGGGACGAUUUCCGGACCUGGUGUCAACCUGGUUUGAUUCCAGUCUGGACCAGGUCUAAACCUGGUCUGGUCCUGGAACUGGUCUGAAGUGGUUUCUUCUAGAACAGCAUCAGGAGGUCGGGGAGGGGGAGUGAGGGAGGGGGUGAAGCCAAAUGUAAAGUUAAAACUAAAAAGCCUUAAAUGAAUAAAAGUGGUGCAAUUUUGUAACAGCAAA